GUUAAAAAAUCAAAUCGAAACUAAAGAAAUAUAAAAUUAAAAAACGAGAAAUCCCUCUUCUCUUUUGGAUCAACCGGAGAUCUGAGAAAAUCCUGUCAGUAUUUUCCCCCAGAACACUUUCCGGUGGUCCAAACACUGUAUAACACUACAUUUACUCUGAAAAAGGAAAAAGAAAAAGAGAAAAUCAAGUGUAACAAUGAAUAUUUUCAGAUUAGCUGGUGACAUGACCCACUUGGCCAGUGUCCUUGUUUUGCUCCUCAAGAUCCAUACCAUCAAAUCUUGUGCUGGUGUUUCUCUGAAGACUCAAGAGCUCUAUGCUCUUGUUUUUUCUGCUCGCUACUUGGAUAUAUUUACUCAUUAUGUUUCACUUUACAAUACUUUGAUGAAGUUAAUAUUCCUUGGGAGCUCUUUUUCCAUUGUUUGGUACAUAAGGCAUCACAAGAUUGUUCGUAGAUCUUAUGAUAGGGACCAAGACACUUUUCGCCAUUACUUUCUUGUGCUGCCUUGCCUACUUUUGGCCCUGCUUAUACAUGAGAAGUUUAGCUUUCUAGAGGUAAUGUGGACAUUUUCUCUAUAUCUAGAAGCUGUUGCAAUACUUCCUCAGCUUGUUUUGUUGCAGAGGACAAGAAAUAUUGAUAACUUGACUGGACAAUAUGUUUUUCUCCUAGGUGCAUAUCGAGCGUUGUAUAUAUUAAACUGGAUUUAUCGCUAUUUUACUGAGCCACACUAUGUCCAUUGGAUAACUUGGAUUUCAGGUCUUGUUCAGACAUUGCUCUAUGCUGAUUUCUUCUACUAUUACUUCCAGAGCUGGAAGAACAACGAGAAGCUUCACUUACCAGCUUGAGACAUUAUUAGGCCAAGGUUGGAAGUAGCAUACACGGAUAUGUAGUUUUUUUAUUACAAGGCAAGUUUAUUUUUUUCUUUACCCAUUUAUUGGGUGCUCCAGGAAAGAUGUUAAGUACCAGAGUUUGUUGUCAUUUAUAUGUCACAUGGGAUUUGAACCCAAAUACCAUUCUUUUGUAGCAAGUCUCAUCAUGCAAAUUGUUCAAGUCUUGUGCUGAUUCAUUAUAUAUGGUCUAGUGCUAGUUUCCUCAAGAAAUUAGAUUCAGAAUUAUGUGUCAUGUCAAAAUUUUGGAAUAGAUUCUUUGUUGAUAUAUGUGAUGCUUCAAUGACCUCA